CAGUCCACCACCAACAAUGUCUGAAGUGGAGAAACGUCGGGCAUCCGCCGAGUUCGACAUUUCAAGCAAAAAGAAGCGCAACGACGACCAAGAGGAGGACCUGGCAGAGGAGAUGUCGUUGGUGAAGGAAAAUGUCGACGCACAAAUCAACCACGAGGCCGCUCUGAAAUACUGGGCAGAACAGCCCGCCAACGACACUGGAGUCCUCGGUGGCUAUCCCGAAGUCAGUCGCGUAGACUUGCAAGGCAGCGCGAACUUCCUUGCCAAACUCCGCCGCUCAUCGAAGCAAUACCCUCCGUCAAGCGGAAAGCUACCUCGCGUCGUCGAUACGGGAGCAGGAAUUGGGCGGGUCACGAAGGGGUUCUUGAGCAAUGUGGCACAAACCGUUGAUAUCGUUGAGCCGGUGGAGGUACUGUCUCGGCAGAUCAAAGAUGAACCUUGCGUGGGCACAAUAUACAAUGUCGGACUCGAGGAUUGGACACCGGAGGUCAAAUACGAUCUGAUAUGGAAUCAGUGGUGCGUGGGACAAAUUCGCGAUGCACAGCUUGUUGCAUAUCUCAAGCGAGUCACACCAUUCUUGAAUCCUGGAGGCUGGAUCAUCGUCAAAGAGAACCUCAGCAACCAUCAUCUUGGGGAGGAUGUGUUUGAUGAGACCGACAGCUCCGUUACCAGGACCGAUGCACACUUCAGGCAGAUUUGGGAAGAAGCUGGCUUGAAGCUUGUGAGUACGGAGCUCCAGAAAGGCUUCCCAAAGGUGUUGUAUCCAGUGCGAGCCUAUGCAUUACAACCGAAGUAGGCUUCCUCUACGCGACAGAUUGAAACGACGGCCGAAGAGCAAGUCGGAAUAGUGUGAUAACUGUCCAGGACCAGAAGAUGCAGCUACGCGUCUGUCGGUUUGCUCUUGUCUGCGUGACAACGAUUCCCCUGAAGGUAGAGAAUUGCAGCGCCUAUCUGCAAUUAACGAACUUCCACAAUCCUCGGGUUCCAUCAAACAGCCGAGCAAUCGAGCAGAAAAGAUGCAGUACUAGCUGUGGUCGCAAGGUGACAUCGCGCACAAUUUCCAAACUCGCGCUGAGGUCGGGUUACAGAUGGACAAAGGGCGGCCAAGGAGACGUGCUCGCUGAAUACGAAGGCUCUGUGUCCAGCUCGACAGUCAUGCGGUCCAAGCUCAAGAAGAGCGAAAUUGCCUGUUUGGUGGUCUGAGACAGCGGCGAACAUCAGCCCAGCUUAGGGAGAAUAGUCGACUCUUGCAGAUAGCUAAGAACGAUCGGAGGAAGCACUCGUUGUCACGCCAGCGGCCAUGAAGCUCGUUACGAAGCCACAGAUGAAAUAUUGGGCCAAUCUCAUGAGCCCGUCUCACUAAGCGCGCAGAGC